AUGGUACAGAUUUUCGUGGCAUCGCUGCUCGGCAGCCGGCAGGCCGAGCCAGAUCGAAUUUCAACACAUUGUGCUGUUUUGAGGAGUAUAACACCCCUGCCUACUACCAGCGUUACAGUAUCAUCAUGGAAGUUCCCACAGGGUGUGGAACUAGCAGAUCCAGGUUUUUUCCAAUCGAAGGCGGUAGAUAUGGUACUUGGUAUACAGCAUUUCUUUUCGUUCUUCCAAACCGACAACAAAAUCCCGCUAGGCAAUGGAUUGCCCAUGCUGAUAGAUUCAGUAUUUGGUUGGUUAGUCACCGGAGCAGUUGAACACCAGGGUUCAACUCGGCGCAUCGUUUGUAAUACGGCUUCUACAGUACAUCUAGAUGAACUUCUCACCAGGUUUUGGUCGUGUGAGGAGAUAGGGUCUCCGAAUACAUUUUCCCCGGAAGAACAACGCUGCGAGGCGCAGUUUGUUCGCACAAUCCAGAGGAGUUCUGACGGACGAUAUACUGUGGGUUUACCAAAGAACGACCAGGUAUUUUCGACGAUGGGCGAGUCGCGAGGCAUAGCACUUCAGCGACUGCAUGGCUUGGAACGUAGAUUGGCGAGAGAUCCCGAGUUGCGAAACCAAUACAACCAGUUUAUGGAGGAGUACAUGGACCUAGGGCACAUGCGUAGGGCGCAUGUGGGCCCAGAGAAGCGUUGUUAUUUACCACACCAUCCGGUCAUCAAACAGGCAAGCACAACAACCAAGGUUCGAGUGGUAUUUGAUGCAUCGUGUAAGAGCAGCAGUGGCGUUUCUCUGAACGACGCACUCCUGGCAGGACCUGUGAUCCAAGACGAACUACGAGCCCUCAUCAUGCGUUGCCGAAUGAAGCAGAUAAUGAUUGUCGCGGAUGUCGAGAAAAUGUUCCGACAAAUAGGUAUCGACAGAGUCGACAUGCCGCUACAAAGCAUUCUGUGGAGGAAGGAUUCUUCGGAGGAAGUAGAAACGUAUGAACUCACCACCGUUACAUACGGAACCAAACCGGCACCGUUUCUCGCCACGAGAACACUGAAGCAGUUGGCCACCGAUGAGCAGGAAUCUUAUCCAAUGGGGUCCAAGGCAAUCAUGGAAGACGUUUACAUGGAUGACGUUUUAACCGGAACGGAUAACGAAGAAGCAGCUUCGACACUUUGCGAACAACUCAUAGGGCUAACGAAAAGCGGUGGAUUUCGAUUGAGAAAGUUCGCAUCCAAUUCGACGACGGCCUUGCGAUUAGUAGACGAGGAAGACCUUGCGUUGCCGCAUACGACCGAAAUACAAUUGGAUCCAGACCCGGCAGUCAAAACCCUAGGACUUGUGUGGCAACCCCGAACUGACAUUUUGCGAUUCAACUUCACCAUAUUGGAUACCCCGGAAAACGAAAGGCUAACGAAACGAAAAAUUCUGUCGGCAAUAGCAAUGUUAUUCGACCCGCUUGGUAUGGUAGGAGCUGUCACCACAACUGCCAAAAUUUUCAUGCAGAGGCUGUGGAAAUUGGACGAAAAAGGAGAAAGGCUUGGCUGGGAUCAUCCGGUUCCACCUGAAGUUGAACGAGAAUGGCGUAAUUUCCAUCGGCAGCUCCACUUGAUGAACGAGUUGAAGCUACAGCGGUGUGCAGUCAUCCCGAAUUUCGUUAAGAUGGAGUUGCACUUCUUCUCGGACGCGUCGGAGAAGGCGUAUGGUGCCUGCGCAUACAUCAAAAGCAUCGAUCCACAAGGAAAGAUUUCCGUGCAUCUACUAGCGUCGAAAUCGAAGGUCGCCCCUCUGAAAUGCCAGUCGAUACCCAGGUUGGAGCUGUGCGGAGCACUUUUAUCAGCUGAAUUAUCCGGAAAGGUACGAGAGGCGUUGAAGGUCGAAAUGGAGAUGUUUUCCUGGACGGAUUCAACAUGCGUACUGCAGUGGUUGAAGGCGAUUCCUACGACGUGGGCUACGUUCGUUGCAAACCGUGUAGCGAAAAUCCAAUCAGCGACGGAGAACUGUGUUUGGAGACAUGUUCCAGGGGUACAGAAUCCAGCAGAUCUAAUUUCCCGUGGCUUAAAUCCCGAUCAGAUCCAGGAUCACAAACUUUGGUGGAGUGGUCCCGAAUGGCUACUGAAAAAUUAUUAUCCGGAACAACCCAGCAGCUUUUGCACUGAGGUAACAGAAGCAGAAGUUCGGCAUGUUGCAGCGAACCUGACAACAAGUCAGACCGAUUUCGGAAUGGAAUACGUUAGCAAAUUCUCGUCGUUCAACAAGCUUAUACGCAGCACCGCAUACUGGAUGCGACUGAUGCGAAUUUUGAGGAAAAAUGAAUCAAAUCCCAAGAGUUUUCUAACGGUGAUGGAGCUUAGAGAUGCCGAAUACGCCGUAAUCCGCCGAAUACAGCAGGAGACGUUUCCCGAAGAAUGGAAGUGCCUAGCCGAAGGGAAGGAUGUUCAUCGAAGUUCACCCCUAAGAUGGUUCGUUCCACGAAUUUCUUCGGAGAAUUUGAUACGAGUUGGCGGCCGAUUAGGGAAAUCGGAGGCGUCAGAAGAUACCAAACACCCCAUAGUCUUACCAGCGAAACACCCUUUUACAGUUAUGUUGUACGAACACUAUCAUCAGAAAUUGAUGCACGCUGGAUCACAGUUGUUGCUUAGUUCCGUUCGUUUGAAGUAUUGGCCACUUGGAGGUCGGAAUGUCCCCCGGCAGAUUGUACACAACUGUAAGCAGUGUUUCCGCUCCAAGCCGAGUCCCAUUCAGCAGUUUAUGGGUGAACUACCUUUAGCACGUGUAACAAGAUCCAGACCGUUUUCCAAGACCGGCGUGGACUACUUUGGACCAGUAUACGUUCGCUUAGCACCAAGACGACCAGCAAUCAAGGCAUACGUAGCAGUUUUCAUCUGUCUUUGCACAAAGGCGGUACACCUCGAGCUAGUCUCAGACCUUUCAACGGAUCGUUUCUUACAAGCAUUGCGUCGAUUCACUGGGAGAAGAGGACAUUGUUCGGAUAUCUAUUCAGAUAAUGGGACCAACUUCGUUGGAGCUCGCAAUUUUCUUCGAGAAUUGCUAAAUCUUUUGCGUAACCGUCAACAUCAGGAGAAGGUGACCAAGGAGUGUGCAACCAACCAUAUCCAAUGGCAUUUCAUCCCUCCAGCAGCUCCGCACUUCGGAGGCCUUUGGGAAGCCGCAGUUCGAUCGGCCAAGAAGCAUCUUCUCAAGGUUCUUGGAGAAAACGCUGUUACCUUCGAAGAUAUGACCACGAUUCUAGUUCAAGUAGAGAACUGUUUGAACUCGAGACCAAUCACUGCGUUAAGCGAUGACCCAAAUAAUCUUCAACCAUUGACACCCGGGCAUUUCUUAAUUGGUGAGGCGUUUCAACAACUACCAGAAAGAGACUACAGUGAGAUACCGAUGAAUCGACUAAAUCAGAGCCAAGUUCUACAGAAGAAACUUCAGCAUUUCUGGGAUAGAUGGAGUGUUGAGUAUCUUACGCAGCUGCAAGGACGGUAUAAGAGAUGGAAGUCGCCGGUUAAAAUAUCUGUUGGGAGACUAGUCAUCAUCAAAGACGAUAAUCUACCACCCUGCCGCUGGAAGAUGGGACGAGUUGAGAAGCUGCAUCCAGGAUCAGACGGUGUUGUGAGAGUAGUAACUCUGAAGACCGCUACAGGACCUUCUACGCGACCAAUUGAGAAACUCUGCAUACUACCAGAAGCGUUUCAGCCUCAAGAAGAUGACCCACGUUCCUACGAAAACCAGACAGAUCAGACCACCCCCUUGUGUUCGUGA